CACUUCACAUGGCAGCUGUUCAUUGAUGAUGCUGAAAUACGUGAGUUAGAAAGCAGCAUCUCAGAAGAGGUUCAAUUGCAACCCGAAUACAGUGAGGGACUACACAACCUACUGGGCUACAUGCAACAUCUACAGGGCAGGAAUGACGAUGCCCUGGAUAGUUUGAACAACGCUAGAGAGUCACUCAAGAGAGAGCACAUUGACCAAUCAGAUGUGAGAUGCCUGGUGACCUGGGGCAACUAUGCCUGGGUCUAUUACCACAUGCGCAGAUGGGAAGACACACAGAAGUACCUGGACAAGGUGCAGGAGAUUUGCAACAGGUUUGAAGAUUCUUCCCGCUAUAGAGUGGAGUGUCCUGAGAUGGACUGUGUGGAAGGAUGGGCCUUGCUGAAGUGUGGAAGAAAAAAUUAUGAACGGGCCAAGGCCUGCUUUCAAAGGGCUCUGGAAGUGGACCCUGAAAACCCUGAAUUCAACAAAGGCUAUGCAAUUGCCGCCUACCGCCUG